AUGGCCGCCCAGCGCGCGGGCGCGGCCGCGGCGCAAGCCGCCACGGAGGUGGGCCUCCCUUCUGCCGCGCCCGCCGCGGCGGCUGCCGGGCACACAGCUUCUUUGGGCCACCGCCGGGCCUCCGCGGGCAGCGCCGCGGGCGGCGGCGCCAUCGGCGCGGCCGGGGGCGCGGCGGGGGCCGUGGAAGCGGCGUCCCAAGCAGCGCGCGCGGCGGCGAUGGCCGUCGGCUCCAAGCCUGAGGAGGCAGCGCGCUUGGGGGUGUUGGCGGCCGGCACGGCCAGCGGCUUGAUGGAGGACCCGCAGGCUGAGAAGGCAGCCAACGAGGCGGGCGAGGCUGCAAAGGGGGCAGCUUUGGCCGGCGGCAUGAGCUUAGACGAAGCGCAGGCUGCCGCUGCCGCUGCUGCCGGCCGCGCAGCAGCCGCCGAGGCGCUGGGGCAUUCGCCUGAGAAGGUUGGCGAGGAUGCCGGCCGUGCUGCGUUCAAGGCAGCCAUCGGCGCAGGGAUGCGCCCCGCAAAAGCUGCCUUGCAAGCUGCAGAGGCCGCGGCCAUCGGCGCCUUCGGCGCUGCCGAAAAGGACCAGGAAAGCGUCGCGCAGCGGGCAGCCUCCAAGGCAGCGGAGCUCGCCGGCUUGUCGCCGCCCGAGGCCGAGCAGGCUGGCCUUCAGUCCGCGCGCCGGGCGGCGCAAAGGGCCCUGGAAGCGCAGAAGGCGCAGGUGGCCGAGGCCGCCAAGGCAGCAGGAGGAGGUGAUCUUGCAGCCACCACCACUGCUGCCCAGACAGCAGCAGCGCAGCUGGGCUUGCCGCCGGAGCAAUCCGCAGAGCUGGCCGUUCAAGCAGCAGUCACUGGCGCUUUUGCAGCUGCGAUCUCCGCCGGAAAGACUUCGCUCGAGGCGGCCCAAGAGGCAGGCCACGCAGCCCAAGAAGCGGCCCGCCAGCUGCAGACCACCAAAGUUAGCGCAGCAGACCUGGCCGCCGUUAGCUGCGGCGAGGCUGCCGCCAGGUCUGCGAAGGUUCCGACGGAGGCGCCGGUCGAGGCCGCCCAAGCGGCGGAAGCCGCAGCGCGGGCGGCGGGGGCGGAAGAGGCCAAGGCUGUGGCUUUGGGCGCUGCAGCCGCACAGCGCGCCCAGGAGCGCGCGCUCGCGAGCGCUGAGCAAGCGGCGCGGGGCGCUGCUGCGCAGGCGACGAAGGCGGCGGUCCAUGCUGGGAAUCUUCAGCAAGCAUCAGAGGUCGCCGCCCAAGCGGCGCAAGAGGCGGCGGUGGCUGAAGGAAUGGACCCACAACAGGCCGCCCAGCUCUCCGCUUUGGCGGCGGGGCAGGCCGCAGCCGAAGUGGCGCAGAUCACUCGAGAUCCCGUGCGAGACGCUGCGGUGGAGGCCAGCCGUGCGGCAACGAAGACCGCUGAAGUAGCCCAGCUGCCCAAAGAGCAAGUGGGUGAAGCAGCCAAAGAGGCAGCCAGCAAUGCGGCUGUGGAAGCCGCCAUUGCUGCAGGUGUCUCGGCUGAGAAGGCCGCGGAAGAAGCGGGCAAGGCGGUGGCUGAGGCAGCUCGCCAAGUGGGCCUUUCCGAGCAGGACGCUGGCCGCCUAGCUGCAGCUGCUGCUGGGCAGGCUGCGCAGAGCAUGGCCGGCAACAGCGCGGUGGCCGCUGCAGCCGCGGCGGCCGCUGGGGCGGCGGCCGGACUGAAGCAGGAGCAUGCAGCUGAAGCUGCAGUCCAGGCAGCGGCACGCGCGGCUGCAGCAACAGGUGACACUCGGGAUCCGCUCGAGGCGGCCUUGUUGGCCGGCAAGGCAGCGCAACGCGCGGCGCUGGCGCAGGUGCGGCAGUUUGUGGGAGUUGUAUUUGGAGACGGAGACGGAGACGGAUGGUGA